AUGUACGAAGAGGUAAGUUGCGCAGUCGAGUACAUGCCAUUUGAACGCCAUUUCAGGAACAACUAAUAGCCAUGAAGGCGGAGACCUUCCAGGCACUAACGCCGACUAAAGUAACGUCUUCUUUUCAGAAUUAAAAAGAAAGUAAAUGACAUUUUAGAGAUUCGAAGACACCGCAGAAAAGAUAACAGAUGUGUCGUAUUCAGAAGACGGAAAAGGGCUAAUUGUGUCUGCAAAUGAUGUCAUUCUCGUUUACGAUUUGAACGACGGGACAAAAACAAAAAGUGUAGGUGUUUGGAAAAUCGAACGAGAUCCUGCAACCGUGUGGGACACAUUCCAGAUCGAAUGCAUGAAGUACGGAGUGGACGUGCUCGAGUACUCCGACUUCGACGCUUGCAUUCACAGUUCCAACAAGCACAACCACGACGUCAGGCUGCUGAGUCUCACGAAAAAGAGUUAUGUGCGGUACUUCCCGGGACACACGAAACGCGUCAAUUGCAUCACAAUGCAUCCACGCGACGGAUCCACGUUCAUGACUAGUUCACACGAUCAGACGCUUCGAUUGUGGGACAAGAGAACCUUUGAAAACAUUGUGCGCACUUUCAUCCCCUGUAUAUUUGAUGUGACAGUGAAUUUCAGGGCUUCAUGAACAUUCUCAACGUUCCCCUCGUGGCCUAUGACCCGGAAGGGCUUCUGUUCGCAGUGGCCACUCGCAGUGAAUCCAUUAAGCUGUUCGACGUGCGCUCCUUCGACCUGGGCCCGUUCAAAACGUUCCGAGUGAUGAAAAACGACGACGACGAAUGGACGAACAUCGAGUUCAGCCCGUGCGGCAAGUUCAUUCUCGUGUCCACAAUGGGCGGAGGAGUCAAGUGGAUCGAUUCGUUCCUCGGAAAAGUCGUCCAUAACUUCUCGAGUCAUAAAAACCCAAAUGUAAGUUUCUGAGCCUACAACCCGCUGAAAAUCGUUCGUCUUUUCCAGAAUGUCCCUCUCCGAGCAACUGUCUCCACAGAUUCGCAGUUCGUGAUGGUCGGCAGUGCGGAUCGCUUCGUGUACGUCUACUCGACAGACUCCGGAGAGAUCACGUGCAAACUGAGGACACCGUUUCCCACGCCCGCACACAUCGUGGCCUUUAAUCAGAAGCAGUUCCUCCUGACGUCCAUCAGCAGAGAACUCAUUCUGUGGGCUCCCCGCGAAGAUUACGUGUGA